GGGUACCACUCUUCGACACGUGCUGCGAUAGAAAGACAAAGAAGAUGUCAUCGAGUGCGUCGAAGCCCGAAGUGGUCUCUGAAUGUGUGCCCUCGCCAGAGCAACAGCGAUCGGUCACUCAGAAGCAACUCGGGAAGGAAGAGUCGUUGCACGGCGAACGCCGUCAAGCAGCCGCCCGCGACGGGUUCAAGUCUCCUCGGCUGUCAGGACCUUGCCGACAUUCGUAAGUCUCAUCAGAAAAUUCGCAAGGACGAUUCUAAAGGUCGCAACGCCGGCCGCGCCUUGGCCACCGAGCGCCAACCGGUCGAGCAGUUGAACUCCACGGUGCCGCCGCUGGCCCAUCGCCGUCCCAGUGCUAUCCACGGGAGCGCACCGCAGGACCUCGCCACGAGGUUCCCUAGGGAAACGUGGAAGGCACAGGAGCCCGGCCCGGCCUGCACCCAGUGGCUUAGCGGCUCGGCGCACGGCUCUGAGGACUGCCUGCACCUCUCUAUUUGGGCACCCGCAAAAGACGAUGAUAAACACAAGAAAAGCCUGGUGCUGGCGCUCACCGGGGACUGGUUCCAGACCGGAAAUACUGCGUCAGACGGUGCGGUGAAGUGGGCCGAACUGGCUGCCGACAUCAACGGGGUGGUCGUGGCACCCAACCACAGGCUCGGGGUGUUCGGCUUCCUCGACGUCGGGGUGCGGGGAAUGCUCGGCAACGUGGCCUUACAGGACGUGUUGCUGGCCAUGUCGUGGGUCGAUAAGAACGCCGGCGCUCUGAACGUGGACACCGACAACAUGGCUGCGUUCGGCUUGGGCUCCGGGGCCUACGUUCUCUCUCUGUUGCUCAUGUCGUCGAGUUCAGCGAACGACACCCUCUUCAGGAGAGCGUUUCUACAGGGUCCAUGUCCGACAGCGCCUCUCCCUCGGAACACGCCGGAGAUCGGCAGAGCGUACCUGGCGCAAAUGUCACGAGAUCUCAGCUGUUACCAACCCAGAAUCGCCGACCAAGCCGACUGCCUCCGCUCUGUGGCUCAAGAGCUGCUUCUGGAGGCGUCGCUAAACGUGGGUCCGCCCAUUCGCUUCGUCCCCAGUGCCCUGAAUGGCGAGGCAUUGUCGAGUCUACAGGAGACGGCCUACUUCGAGGGCGUCGAGAUCUUGCUCGGAAGUGACGUCAGCGAGGGAAAGCGGCUUUACGAUGACGUCAUCAUUCCUUCGGCCAAGGAGUUUAGCAACUCCACGAAUCUGCAGGCUUCGGAUGUAUUCGACAGCUUGCGGUACUUCUUAACGAACGACGCGAACGGGUUGGACGCGGCGAGCCGCGAAGCUGCGUUGAAAGUUGUGGCGCCAAAUGACAUGGCCCAAACCAUCGUUCAGUUGUUGACGACGUGUCCGUCGAAGAAGAUGGCAGCUGCCGUGUCGGCGAGGAACGGCACGCUCUAUCACUACGUCACGAAAGGCGAUAGCGUCAAUGACGUCCCACUUGAGAUGGCUGACAUUGCGAACUUUCUGUCCAAAGGGCAAGUAUUCUGAAGAGUUCUUAGCUGGGCUUGUUGAUUUGCGGACAUU